CGAAGACUGCAGAGGCAUAUUCUCUCUCUCUCUCUGUCUGCGAAGCCAUAGAGUCCUCCUCCGCUUCGUGGGAAGAUGGCCGUUGGGGAGGUGGGCGCCGAGGGAGGCUCGCCGGCGGCCGCUGGGCCCCAACCGCCGCGUCUCAAGGGCUGAGAUUCAAACUGAAAGGCCGUUUUACCUCAGGGAAAGUGAGAGCGAGACUCAAGGGGAACUAGGUCGAGCUCUCUCUCUCUCUCUCUCUCUCUCUGGAGGCCAUGAUGCUGCACUCGGUGCUCUUCGGGGAGAUGAUGGCGUCGCGGCCGGGGAGCCUGGAGGCGGAGGACGGAGGCGGCGCUGCCCCGACGUCUGCGCUGCGGACGGAGCUGGGCUCCAACCUGCAUCUGCUGAAGGGCCUGAACGUGCGCUUCCGCUGCUUCUUGGCCAAGGUCCACGAACUGGAGCGCCGCAACCGGCUCCUGGAGAAGCAGCUGCAGGCCUCGCAGCAGAUGAACGAGCGCCGCCUGCGCUGCUACAAGCGCUUCCCGCGGAACCAGGCCGUCCAGACCGACCCCUCCCCGCCCUCCAUGCCUUCGCCUGCUCCCGCGCCUCCUCCUCCUCAGCCUCCGCCUCCGUCGUCGCUCAUCCCGCACUCGCACUCGCACCCGCCGGCCUCCCACUACAACCGGCUCCCGGGCACCAUCUGGAGCUACACCCAGGUGCGGCGCACCGGAGGCGGAGGCCUGGAGACGCUGCAGGGCCCGGGGGUCUCCUGGCUGCACCCGGACGGCGUCGGCGUCCAGAUCGACACCAUCACGCCCGAGAUCCGCGCCCUCUACAACGUCCUGGCCAAAGUCAAGCGCGAGAGGGACGAGUACAAGAGGAGAUGGGAGGAGGAGCUGGGCAAGCGGAUGAAUUUAGAAUCGAUGGUGGAGACACUGCAGGAGGAAGCGCAAGAAGCGGAGGCUCUGCAGGAAGAGUUAAACGAGAAGAUUGAGAGGCUAAAAGCGGAGCUGGUUGUCUUCAAGGGUCUGAUGAGUGACCCUAUGACAGACCUGGACACAAAGAUCCAAGAGAAAGCCAUGAAAGUGGACAUGGACAUCUGCCGGCGAAUCGAUAUCACAGCCAAGCUGUGCGAUGUAGCACAGCAGCGCAACUCCGAGGACGUUUCCAAGAUAUUCCAGGUGGCGGCCAAGAAGAAAGAGCGAAAACUCUUGUCGGAUGACGAUCUCUCGGAGCAGGACGCUGACAACGCCCGCUUCUCCGACGACGAAGUCAGUUCGCUGAACAUCACGGAUGAGAUGAAGAGGAUGUUCAAUCAGCUGCGCGAGACCUUUGAUUUUGAUGACGACUGUGACAGUCUGACAUGGGAGGAGAACGAAGACACUUUGCUUCUCUGGGAAGACUUUACCAACUGCAACCCGAGCAUUGAGCUCCAGGGAGAGCAAGAGGAAAACCUGGGCAACUUGAUCCAUGAAACAGAAUCUUUCUUCAAAACAAGAGACAAAGAAUACCAAGAAACGAUAGGGCAGAUUGAGCUGGAGCUGGCUACAGCCAAGAGCGACAUGAACCGCCACCUCCACGAAUACAUGGAAAUGUGCAGCAUGAAGCGGGGCCUGGAUGUGCAGAUGGAGACCUGCCGGCGGCUCAUCAAAGGCUCGGCUGAAAGAAAUUCUCCAUCUCCCAGUUCAUUAGCCAGCAGCGACUCAGGAAACACGGACGAGAUUCAAGACGAGUUCGACCGAGAAGCAGACGUGGAGCCCAUGGUCAGCUGAUGACAAAAAGAGGCAGAACGUUCAGGCAAAAAAUGAAAAUCAAAAAAAAAAAGGGAGAGGGAAAAAGGGAAGGAAAGAAGGACUGAAAAACAAGAGAGAGCGUGAACGAUGGAGAGCAAAGACUCUGAAGCCCUUGCCGAGAGUUUCCGGGGACUCGGCCAUGGCGCAUUGUUUCUUUGCCCCAUCCAAGGACUGGUGCUGUUUUAAUAAUCUACUGUGGACAAAUGUGUGGGAAACAAAUGGUGUUUUAAUUGUGCCUUUGCCCCAAGCUGAGCCACUUUGAGCUCCACCAGAACAAUAUAUAUAUAUAUACUGCUUUUUCUAUUAUAAUAAUAAUAAUAAUCAGAUUUCUGGCCGCAGAAGAACCAGUUGCUGCAAAAAGAACCGAAAGGACUGCUGGCUGGACAGAGCAAGUAGCCAAUAUCGCCCGGUUUGGAGACAAGGAGGCCAAGAUGUCUGCCUGAGCGACAUUUGUAAAGCCCAUCAUCCCCCAUGUUAAUCCCUCAGUGGCGCAUUUGUACGGGGAUCUUUCAAACCCAGGUGCCUCGCAAGCAUCCCUGGGGAGGUGGGUGCGAAACCUUUUCUACCGGUGUCCAUAAUUCCACAAAGCUUGGUGGCAGGGCAAGAGAACAGAGACAUAUCGGUAGGGUGGUAACAUAAAUAUAGGUCGGGGUUACGAGAGCCCUUUUUAAAAUUACUAUGCAAACAAACAAACCCACGCACGGAAAAAAAGCAAAGCGCUCGCCUUAUUUCUCCAGAACGUUUGGCCGCCGCUGGGUUUCCGCGUCUGGAAAGAGAGCUGAGCGUUCGCUUUGCACACCUCAUUUUUUCAAGGGGAGGGCCCUUCUGCUGCAAUAUUAGGUUCCCAUAGAUCCUUCGGUUCUUGGUUUCCUUCCUUUUUUAGCCAUCCAAUUGAGGGUUGGGGGUUUCCCCCCCUCCUCUGAUACAUAUCUGUAAACCACUAAGGGAGAGUUGUACUUUUGCACUGCUUCCUUAAGCUUUGGGGCAGGAGGGACACUGGCAGGUUAAAAUGGCACUUGGGGGUGAGCGUUGGCACAACUGGGGUGAGCAGGCGACACUCUCAGGGUGCGCUGAUGUGGAGACCUCCAUCUCAAGACACACAGACAGAGAUUUCUUGGGCUUGUGGACCCUUCUUGGUACGGAGCAAAGUCCUAGAGAUCUUCAAAUGUUGCUCUGGUGCUGGGUCUGCUUUUCGGUUGGAGCUAAAGUCUGCAUUGAGGAUUGUUGUUGUUACUUUAAACCCUGGAGUAUUGAAACUGAGGCACAGUUGUGUUGUGUUAUCUCUAGUGGGGCGGGGAAGCAUCACCUUUUCAGCCAUGUUAGCCCACCCAUGCGCUCAUGGCUUGAACCCUGAGCAUUUAUUUGCCACUAUUGGCACAGGGGUGCUUUCUGGUCCCCUGAAAAACGGUGGCUGUGUCCAGGUAAGGUUGCCGGCCACUCCGGCUAGAUAGGCUGUAAAGAUGCUUUUGGGGAAGUUAGGUGAGGUGUGUGUGUAUGGGACACAACAUGUCUCUCCUUCAGAUGGUUUGUUAAUGGUUUGAAAUGGGCUGGAAUGGAAGGCUCUGCAAAUGGACCUUGUUGUGAAAGGCCUACCAAGCAUCUCAUGUCAGCCUUGCUUAGACAGAGCAUGUUUGGGGUUUCUGGACUUGCCGUCCAGAUGACUUUGGGAUUGAAAGUGGAGCCUCACAACCCACACACACACACACCUCACUUGCAAAGCAAUGCAAUGUCAAAGUGGACCCUUUGCGUUUGUCCCGAUUUUGCUGCUCAAAACUCCCAUUUGUUGCUGCUUAUCUCCGGUUAGAAGCUUUAUUCCGUUAUUUAGUCAUUUAGCAUUGAAAAGCGUAUUCUGACAUGUCUUAGUGUUUUGGGCGGCAGAGAAACUGCGCAGUUUUUGCGGCCUUCCCGUUGCGCCGCUGCCAAAUUUCUUUGCCUUUUAGACGCAGGAGCAUGGUUCGGUGUGUUUGCUUUUAAUGAGUAGCAUGUUAGGAUAGAAAGGGUGGGUUUAGGUACCGGUGGCGGUGGGUUGAUUCUUGUACGGUUGCAGUUGUGGGUUGGGGGCACAGCCAACAGAUACAAAGGGCCUCUUAGCAAAACAGUUCACCGUUUAGUUAUAACUCGGUGGCACUUACUACGUAGGAGAGCCAUUUUACAUAUGGGUAGAAGCAUAAGAGUAAAGGUAGAGCAUAGAGUAAUGAUGGUCAAGAUGGUGAUGUCUUUUUCUAAUGUAUCCAAAUCUGUAUUUAACUUUUUCAACAUGAGGUUUUCUUUUGUAUAAGGGAAUGUAGGGUUAGUUAGCGAAUGAGGUCCAGCGUAGCCUUUGUACAGUCUUUCUUUCCGUCGAUGCUGCUGACUUUUAAUCGGACAGCGGUCGGUCCGUCGGGGUUUUUGUUUGGCGUUUUAGUCCAUCUGAAACAAGGCCCAGCUUUAAAAAGCUUGUGCGGAAAUGCUGGGCAUAAUUCAACAACCUCUUUUCCUUGUUUUUGGACUCCUGUAAAGCUGUAAAUACUUCAUUUUGUUUUUGCGAGGCAGUGUCAUAUUGACACUUUUAAACAAAAGAAACAAUACUUAAACAAUUGGAGGGGAACAGGUCUGUUUCCUUGUGGGUUUUUAAGGGUUUUAUUUUAUUCCUCUCUAAGCAAACAGCAUUUCUUGGCUGGUCAGCGAAGGGGAUGACCCUUGGUCAGAUUCUUCCUACGCAAAAUGGGGUUUUGUAUGAAAAUGGGCCGCCGUAAACGGACCGGCCUGUUUUGCGGAUGCAUGUUUUAAAACAACUAAGUCCAACAAACCAUCCAAAGAACCACAACCUUAGGCCCGUCGCCCCGUUUCGUGGUCGCUCCAAAACAGUGACCGUCCUGUUGCCCUAAAAAUGGGUUUCCAAGGCAAAUCGGAAACCAAAUUAACCCAAUUGCCUUGCCUUAAGUGUGUGCUCCUGAAAGUCAAGGCAAUGUUUUAAGAGUAAUGUUAAAUUGAGACAUCUAAACAAUUGUUUGGCACGGUUUUGGGGGGAAGCAAACGCCAGGAAUUUGGAGCCCCCCAAAUGUUUUGCUUCCCGCCAGAGCGCAAAGGCGUGGCAAGCCUCUUCCUUUUCCUUUUCCCCGUUGCUCCAGAUACAUUAUUCAAGAAGCAAAGGCGCGCGUUCCCCUGCGUAGCUUCCAUUUGGGACCUAAAAGACAGAGAUAGGGAUCUAGUAUUCAGCUGGGGAUUGAGCUCAC